AGGCACCUCGGGGGUUUGUGGUAUAUGGCCAAUAUACCACCUGUAUAUAUAUGAACAUCAGGUAUGUGAGUUUGCAUUGUAAAUUAAUGUUCAACCCCACCAAUGCUCAGUGCAUGGAUACAAAGUAGCCAAUUGGAAGCGCUAUCAAAAUACUUAGUGAUAUGCUACUGAAAGUGCUCCUUAUAUAUAUAUUUUAACUCAUUACAUAUAGGUCUACCCAACAACAAUAGUACGAUAGUUCAUUAUAGGCAUUUCCCCCUUUUUUUUGACAGGAGAUGGAAUAGCCACUCCACACACGACCAUGUCAUGUGUCCCAAUGCUUGACACAUUGAUAACCAAUAGCUACUAAGUCACGUGUAAAAAAAAUAUGUUGACCUUGAUUUUCUUCCCUUGUUUCCAUGCCAUCAGGAGCAUCUGCGUAUCUUCGCAAGCAAUGCGAUUGGACGCAUUUGAGAGGAGCGUAUGUUUGGCUCAUGACACUGUGUUAUGGAUCCCACCAGGUGUCCCUGUUUCAUAAUGAUGGUAGCUUUUCUCAUGAGUUCUUUCAGAGCUCGUUGACUUCGUCGAUGUGACUCUGUUUCCGGAUAAUAUUUCAGCGCAAGGAAGGUUUCCACUAGUUACCACAGCCACAAAUUGGCUGUAUCGUAAAAUUAAUGAAAACUAAAAUGUGGUUCGUGGUCUUAAUUUAAGGUUAGGCAUAAGGUUAGCAGUAUAGUUUAGGUUUAAAAAUCACAUUUAAAUAAGUGACAUUGUAGAAAUACGCGGGGUUUAUGACUUUGUGGCUGUGGUAAGUAGAGACGACCGUGUAAAAAUUGCUGCGAUGUUUACGUGUUGCCUGGGAUGCUGCGGAGAUGGGGGAACGGGGCAUAUUCCUCUCAAAGAAAUGCCCACCGUCCAGUUAGACACGCAUCAUAUGGGCACCGAUGUAGUCAUAGUGAAGAGUGGCCGGAGAAUAUGUGGCACCGGUUGUUGCCUUGCCAACGCUCCCCUGCACCAAAACAAGAGUUACUUUGAGCUCAAGAUCCAGUCCACAGGUAUAUGGGGGAUAGGUGUGGCCACUCAGAAGGUGAACCUGAACCAGGUCCCCAUGGGGCGGGACAUCAACAGCCUUGUCUUGAGGCAUGAUGGCUCUGUGUACCACAACAACGAGGAGAAAAACCGCCUGCCUGCCAACAGUCUUCCACAGGAGGGGGACAUCGUGGGCAUCACGUAUGACCACGUGGAGAUGAAUCUCUAUCUGAAUGGGAAGAAUAUGCACUGUCCAGCUUCAGGGAUCAGAGGCACCGUGUUCCCGGUGGUUUAUGUGGAUGACAGCGCCAUCUUAGACUGCCAGUUCAGUGACUUCUACCAUACAGCACCGCAAGGCUUCGAGAAAAUUCUGUUUGAGCAGCAGAUCUUCUGAGCAGCACCUCCGUAUACCUCCAGACCUUUAUAUAUACACACACACACACACACACACACACACACACACACACACACACACACACACACACACACACACACACACACACACACACACACACAACCCUCAGCUAAAAGUGCUCCUUGUUGCUCUGCAGAAAUCUGUGACCUCUUCGUUCAGUCUGGUUUGAGUGUGUUUGUGUGUUGUGUUGCGUCCUGGUUACUCUCUGCUUUAAUGCUGUUCUGGGUCAAUGUGGGUAGUUUAGCUCUUGUUUGAUGCCAACACUGGAGCAGUAAGAAAACUGAUCCCCAGACAGCAAUGAAUGGCAUAGAGUAGACAAAGUGUGGUGUGCAUUUGCAACUGAAAGACAGUCAAGUCAGUCGAUAUUUAUUUUAUUCAGUUAUAAUCAUCCGGCAUUGCGUCAAUCUUUUAUGGUUGCUGCUUCUUUCAGAAAAGAGAGUUUGAACAAUGUUUAGGUGUUUUCUUAUUUAUAUUUAUUUGUUAAAAGAUGACACUAAUGUUCAAUGUUUUGUUUCCCUGAUAAUUUACUUCUAAUUCUAGAUUUAAUUAUACGUAUUUUGAUUUGUUAUUUUGAUUAUGAUCUGUCUUUAAAAGUAAUUUGUCACGGCUCUGAUUGGCAUUCCAAAUGGCAGCAAUCUGGCGAAGCUCUGCUCAUUGGCUGUAUUCGGGGAUGUGACAUUUUCCGACCCUGCUGUAUUUCACCAGUCAGAUAAAUGCAUAUCCUCCUUUGAAGCGUGAAAACGGUCUUAAAUGUUAAACGCUUAUUUUUGUUUGCACUAAUGAGAUGUAUGUUGAACAUUAAACCAAAUACAAUAAAGAAACUUGUCUCUGAAAGCA